CUACUAUCUGAAGCUAAGCUGCAACUUGUUUUGAUAUCAAAGCGACAAGAACACCUGGGAAGACAGAGAGAGGAACUUCUGGGACUGCAGAGAGAGCUGAGAGAGAACCUGGACAGACUGAAAAGUGAAUCACUGGAGGAGAGAGAAAAUUUCAUGAAAGAGGUGAAAUCUUUCAACAAUGAAUUCAACCUACUGAGUGACAGAAAUGUUGCUUUUCACACCCAAACCCGAUCUAAGAUCCAUAGUCUGGAGCUAGAAGUUGAAACUCUAAACAAAGAGAUGGACUUGCUAAAGCAAAAUAACACUUGGCUGAGCUCCAUGGAGAAAGAGAAGAGAACACUAGAAAUUGAUCUUCAGGACGUUCAGUCACAACUUAUAGACACAGAGAAAGAUCUGAAGGAAGCAGAGGCUCUGACAGAGUGUUUGAAGACAGAGAGUCUCAUAGUCCGUCAAAAACCCUUAACAGACAGUACAUGUGUCAGACUCAAGAAAGAACUGGAGUUAUAUAAAGAAGAAGAGCUUGAGCUUCUACGAGAGACCUUUAGCUCUGAGAUUCAGUCUCUGCGAAUGGUAUUUUUCAUACUUUCAGGUAUGAGGCAACAACACUUGAUGCAGACUUCUGCAGGAACACUCUAGUCUAGAGUUAAGAUUAGACCAAUAGUCUGACAGAAUGUUGUUUAGUACAUGCCUGCAUUUGCAUUUCUGUUAUUAAAUACUCUUGUUCAUUCAACUUAAGACACUGAUUCUGUUGAAGUCUUGUGUUAAUGUAUCAAUACCAAUUUUAUUUAAAAUGCUGACAACACUGGCAUCUAGUGGUCCUGUUGUAACAAUGCAUUCAAAAAGAGGACACUCAAAUUAACAUGCAUCAAAUGAUGAGAUUUAUAGAUGUUUGCUAAUAAAAGGGUUGCAUUGUUUUGAAUCACAAUUACCCAAGUCAUGUUUGCAUAAGUCAUGUUUACAUUUUUAAAAAGGCAGGCUGCUUAGUUACAAUUAAAUGCUUAAAUACAAAUUUUUGGCAAAUUGUGCACCAUUCGUAUUGUUCAGUGCAAACACAAAUGCAGUAAUUUUCCAUCUCUGAAGAAAAUCACACCUGAAUAAAUUCACAACAACACAGAAUUUUUCCACAUUCAACAGCAACAGCAAUCAUGUGUAAAUUAAACAGGACCUGUUCCACUGACCUAUGAUUGGUGAGGCUGGAUAACAUGGUGCACAUCUGUCAUUAAGCAGAUAUCCCGUAGAUUGAUCUUACCUGAUUAAUUGGCUAUAAUAGUUCAGAGAAACAUGCUAAAUGUUUUAAAGGGGUCAUGACAUGAGAAACCAAAUUUGCCUUGAUCUUUUGGUAUAUAAGAGGUCUUUGUAUCAUUAAAACGUCCUGCAAGUUUAAUAUUUUAAGACGUCCUCUCCAUUCUAAACGAAUCAUUUAUUUAAUCAAGCUCAAAAUACAGCUCGUUCUGGAUUCAUGGUUAGAAGUGACGUGACGGUUAGAAGUGACGUACCAGCGUUUGCAUAUGACCGCCUCAGCACAAGAUAACUACGCUUUAAGCGCAAGAAAACUACGCUCAUUUCGUAUCGCCGUGCGCCUCACAAGUGUUCAGUCGAUGGACAGCGAGCUCUGACAGAGACUACUUGUGCACAGGAAAAUUACGAUGCCACACAGAUGUGCUGUUCCUGGCUGUGGUCAAACAAAACCUCUGAAUAAGCUGCCGAAAGAUCCAGACGUCAGGGAAAAAUGGAUGCAGUUUAUUUUUUGCGGACGUCCCAGUCACGGCAGUGUUAACUUAAGCGUUUGUUCUGUACAUUUUAAGGAUGACUGUUUUGAGAACAAAUCUCAAUAUGAUGCUGGCU